AUGGAGCUGGGCGAGAUGCUCUACAACAAGUCCGAGUACAUNCCCCCUCCGCCGCCGCCGCCGGAGACCAUCGUCAUGAACGACUGCAUCAUCCGCGGGGACCUGGCCAACGUGCGCGUCGGGCGGCACUGCGUGGUGAAGAGCCGGAGCGUCAUCCGGCCCCCCUUCAAGAAGUUCAGCAAAGGGGUUGCCUUCUUUCCUCUGCACAUUGGGGAUCAUGUCUUCAUUGAGGAGGAUUGUGUUGUCAACGCGGCUCAGAUUGGCUCUUAUGUCCACAUAGGCAAGAACUGCGUCAUUGGUCGCAGGUGUGUCCUGAAAGACUGCUGCAGAAUCCUUGACAACACAGUGUUGCCCCCGGAAACAGUGGUCCCACCUUUCACCGUCUUCUCCGGCUGCCCAGGGCUCUUCUCGGGGGAGCUGCCCGAGUGCACGCAGGAGCUGAUGAUGGAUGUCACCAAGAGCUACUACCAGAAAUUCCUGCCCCUCACCCAGAUUUGAGAAACUCCUCCUCUCGGGGUAGGGGGGGUUCAGGACUGGCAUGGCCAAUGGGCGCCUGCAGGCAGCUGGCUCCAGAGCUGACCAGCUUCCCAAUCAGGCCACCUUCCUUGUUGGUGACGUCCUCCCUCCUGGAUUGACCAGGCCCUCGCCAGAAGUUCUUCUGGUUUCCUCUGGAUGGUUGGACGAGGCUGGCCUGGACCUGGCUCCCUGCAAUGUACUCCGUGAUGGUUUAACUCUAAAUCCACUUUGUUCUGUUGAGCAGCAGAGUGAAGCACUCAGUGCUUUGUGGGGUGGGGGGGUGGAGUUCAUCUAGGAUGCUGCCGCUCUUGUUCUCGCUGGUCCUUCCCACUUGAUCACAAUCCUCCCUUGAGGGGGUCCUGACUCCCCUUCUUGCUGUCGUUCAUUUUUUCUUAGCCCCUCAGAGCUUUCUGGGGAUGCUGUCAAACCCUCUCUUCGGCCGCCCGUUGUGGAAGCGGCUACAGCCCAAAUCCAGAGCUCUGUGGGCUGUUAAGCAAAGUGGAUCUUUCCUUCUCUGAUUCUUUGUGGCUUCCAGGGAUGACCUGAGCUGGCAGGGCUGGGAUUGGGCCCCUUUCCAAGGGACAUCAGUUGCGCCCUCCAACCGAUGGUCACUUUGGAGAAAGUGGGCAAGAGGAAAGGACCGCAUGGGGGACUUGGGGGGG